GUAUCAAUGUAAUGUAAAAUGAUUAUUUAUCAACUUUGGAAUCUUUCCAACAAUUAUACAGUAAAUUUGCUGAUAAUAUUUUUAUUAUCAAGAUCUACACAAUCAUGAAAAAACAAUCUAAACAGGAAGUCGUUUAUUAUACCUAAAAAUAUAAAAGGGCACCACCAAAAUGAUUUCGAACCAUUCGGGAAAAAAUUGUAAAAUGGACCUCAACUUUUCAUUGCUAUGGCUGAUAAUAAUCGUGCUAGAAAUUGUAAAACCGUCUUUUGAAACUAACUACGAAUACGUUUUGGAGGACGAAUCGGUAUUUAAUGAUUGUGUGGAUAAUCCCCCUGGAUAUUCAAAUAUUUCUGGACUGUUCGAUCUUUCGCAUGUCAACUUUGAAAUGGGUCCAGAGGGAAUUCACGUAGAGGGCAAAUUAAUCUGUUCAUGGGACAUUCAGCCAACCGAUCUCAUUGAAAGUCAAGUUAGCGUCUUUCAUUUGGAUCGUGGUACUUGGAAACCGACCAUACUUAACUUGACGAUUAAAGAUUUUUGCAAAAUACAUCUCGACCCGAAGCAAUAUUGGUACAACGUUUAUCCAAAAUAUAUUAUCAAUAGAGAGGAAGCUAAAGAAAAAUGUUAUAACUACAUUGGAACUGAAUAUUUUUUUGAACCGUUUAUCAUGAAAAUGUAUUUUGGCGCAGGCUUGAAGAUUCCACCUGGAAGAAAACGUAUGGUAUUUAUCUUAACAGCGAUUGAUGUGAAUAAUGUAAGACGUCCAAAUGGAAUUUGCUUUGAGAUAAAAGGAGAAUUUGUAAAGGUUUGAGAAAGUAAUUAAAAUAAUAUGCUUUUUGCAUCCGUUAAACUAAACUUCAGUCUCGAGAAAUAUUUAUUUAUAGAUUGCCCAAGAGAGCAACGGAUUUAUUAAAUAUGAUUUCAUCGAAACCAUAUACACUAUUAAACACCAAAAUAUUUUAUAAUUAAUAAUGCAAUAUAACUUGUUUAUUGAAUCAACACAAUAAUGUUACAAAAUUAUCAAGAUCUCUUACGAAAUGCAAUCACGAUUAAACAGUUUACAUAGCCAAACAUUGCACUGAGAGAAUAAAGACGACGAAAAAUUUAAAAUUCUGUAUUAAAUAUCAUUGUUCCCGAAUUGUGUGUCUUGCAAUUGGUAAAUAUUUUCUUAAAUUAGAACUUUGUUGUUGGAGAUUUCCGAUUUGUAAAUAAUAUGUCCCAAGCUUUUAGUUUUUUUUUUAAUUCAAGAACACUUAAAACAAUUCGUGUUCAACUUACUUUAAGUACAAUUCUGUCUGGAUUCCAGUCAAUUUUCUUCAUUUUUAAAAGUUCUGACAGUUAUUUUAUGUUGGCUAUUACUUGCAUUUAUAGAAAGUCCUGUUAUAGUAUCACCAAGUACUUUUUUUAUGAGAACAAAAUAAGAUGUUACUUGUACAUCGUUAGAAAUAAUUUUUCAUUUGGUACAGGGAAAGUUGAAGUUAAUGUUGGGUUGGGUGCGUUUUUUAACGGUUGCUUUUGGACAGUAUUUAGGGCGUUACUUCGCAAAGCACUCUCAAGAUUUUCGCUAUUUCUGUCAGGGUACAAACAUAAUAUACAAACAUUGCCCCGCUAAAACUCGAUGUCUUGCCUUUCGAAGUGAACUCUUGCCACGGUGUCUACCCUUUCUGUUGGU